AUUUGCCGACAAAAUGGCGGCCUUCUCUCAGCGGUGAGUGAGCGGCCGGGAUCUGGUGUGAGGGGGGAGGCGGGGGGGGGGAAACCGAGUAUACGGCGCUGGCAACCGGGGCCCGGCUGUGAGACCGAGAUCAUUGCUUGUCGAAGGCCUUACCAGGGGGGGCAGAACGUCGCCUACCUGAGUAAUAACGCAAUGGCAAAAAGGACUGCAGACAAGGAACUAACUGAUCGAAAUUGGGAUCAGGAAGAAGAAUCCGAAGAGGCAGGAACCUUCUCAGUAGCAAGUGAAGAUGUACUGAAAAACCGAGCAAUCAAAAAAGCAAAACGCAGGAACCUCCUCGCUGAGUCUGAAGGUGUUGGAAUCUUCAAAGGAUUUUCUGGUCUGAUAUCUUCAACUGGAAGUACUGGAUUUGGAGGAUUUGGUAAUGGUUCUGGUUUCAAACCUUUACAUGGUCUGAACAAUGGAAAUAAUUUGUCUUUGAAGCCUUCACACAGUAGCGCUACAGAUGUAAAUAAUCCUAUUGGUUCUUUUCUAUCUAAUGGUCCUCCACCAAAUCCCUUGGCAAAAGGAGAAAUAGGUACGAAAACAAAUGGUGUUAAUCAGAUUAACUCUGGGGAUAAAGUGGGCUCCAGUGAGUACAACAGACAACUAGCAGCAUUGAAUUGUUCGGUCCGAGAUUGGAUCACCAAACAUGUCAAUGAGAACCCACUCUGUGAUUUGACCCCAAUCUUCAAAGACUACGAGAAGCAUUUGACAAGCAUUGAACAGAAAUAUGGUAGCAGUUCUGACAGUGGCUCAGAGAGUGACACGAACAGCAAGCGGCCAGAAAUGCAAUCUGUUAACACAUUUGGUGUGUGCAAAACACCGCAGGGAACAAUCCCAUCAUCUUUAUUCUCAUCUGUCAAAAACAAGGAUUUUCCAGUCAUUUCAGAAAAAAAACCUGAGACUGCAAUGGGAAAUAGUGGGAAUAUCAACUUGCUCUUUGGGAAAAAAAUCGAAAACUCUCCUUUAGCUGGCUUUUCUUUCGGUGGAGGAACUUCAGGCUCAUUAUUUGGAAAAGAUGUGAACCAGGAGAAGAUUGGUGCUCCAACUUUUUCCUUCACAGCAUCUGUAGAAAAAAAGGAAGAAAUAAAAGGUAGUGAGUAUAAAGAUGAAAAUGAAGAAGAGAGUGACGAGCCUCCUGAACCUGUUGUAAAUGAAAUCAAGGAAGAAGAUGCAAUCUUUUCAAAGAAGUGUAAAAUGUUCUACAAGAAAGAUGGGGAUUUCAAAGAUAAAGGAGUUGCUACAAUCCAUUUAAAACCUGUGGCAGAUCAAAAGAUUCAGUUGUUGGUGCGAGCAGAUACAAAUCUAGGAAAUGUUUUACUGAAUAUUAUGCUUCACCCAUCACUGCCUUGUACAAGAACAGGAAAAAACAACAUCCUAAUCGUCUGUGUUCCCAACCCUCCCAUCGAUGAGAAAAGUCCUGACACAGCUUUGCCAAUUUUGAUCCGUGUGAAAACUACUCAGGAUGCAGAUGAGCUUCACAAAAUCAUUACAGAGAAAAAGGCUGCCCUUUAAGUGCGGUUGGUGUUCUAUUUGAUGGUAUAAAGAAGUCUUGCCAAGUUGCUGCUGGGGUCUUUAAUUCUCAAUUUUUUUUGUGAAAAAUUGUUACUGAGAGGAAAAUAAUGGUUAGGCAGAUUGCACUCAAGUGCUUUCAUUUUCAUAUGGGGCAUCCCUCUGCAUUGUCUCUUUGCAAGGGCAUUGUCUCUCUUAUGUGUGCUGAAGUUAUUUCCUGUGCACAGUUGUGGCCUGACCUGAUUUUUUGCAGCAUAGAUAAAUCAUUUAGAUCACAAGUUUGAUAAAUGGGUCCAACAUUUAAUAACACGGCAACCCAUGUCAUGGAUGAAUCUGUGUGCUAACCUCGGGGAUUGGAAAUUUCUAUCCUGACAUCCGCUUGCAUUCAAACUUUUUACUCCACUUUCUUCAGGUUCCUCGUGUAGGUGUCUUCCAAGCAGUGAGAGUAAUGAUUUAAAGGUCGGAACUGUUGUAGAAAUUCUCUUUUGCCUCCACUCCAUUUCCAAAACACUGUUGUUUCCAUGUUCACCAGUGAGAAAAUGCAUGAGAUUCACAUCUGACAUUAGAGUAAGAUAAAAUGAUAAGCCCAGUAAAGCUUGAAAACUGAAGUGACUGGGAAAGGGGUUUAAAAAAAACCCAACACUAGUAAAACCAAAUAGCGAUUAGUGAAUUAAAAAAAAUUUGCAAGGACAAUUAAAGACAAUUGAUAAAUAACUGGCGAAUAGACAGAUGUCCAAUUUUUUUUCCAUUCCUCCCCCCCCCCCCCCCCAAACUCUUGUAGCUAUCCAUUUUAACAACUUGUUAGCCACAUGAUUUUCAUUUCCUGUCAUAAAAUUGUAAUAAAAACCAUUGAAUCUG